GUGGGCAUCGUCGACUAGACAGUUAGUAGCUGUAGUGCCGUGCUACACAACGGACGUUGGCGUGGGAGCAGCACGCUUGCCAAAGAGCGAGCACAUUGUGAGAGUGCAAAACCACAGACAUAAAAGCCACAAGGCACAAAACCAAAUCGGACACAACUCUGGUAACUUGAUCGGCUCAACUUAGAAACAAAACAAAAACCGACAAGCAAGUUGCUUGAACAGCGGUUAAAAACACCUGGAAAAUGUAUCGAGCUACUGAAAUUGGCAGCGAAGAAACUUUGCCUGCGCUCGCGGAACUAACACAAGCAACAGCCGAUGGAGAAGCAUCACAGCUGACGAAACCACGCAGUUCCCUACCCAACUAUGGAUUUGCGCCCAUAUCAAACAUCCGUCUUGAGUACAAGUAUCCACGUGCCGUAUACUUCAUAUUGGCCACCAAGUUCUUUGAGGCUUUUGCGGCAAAUGGCAUGCGCACCAUCUUGGUUCUCUUCUUGCGGGAUGAUCUCAACUUUUCGGAAAGCUUCUCGACGAUCAUACUGCACAUAUUCAACUUCUUUGGCCAAUUCUGUCCCAUAAUUGGAGCCGUGCUCGCUGAUAGUUAUAUGGGCAAUGUUCGCACCAUAUCUGGGUUUUGUUUUCUCUAUGCUUUUGGAUGGUUCCUGCUGACGAUGACCACGCUGCCCUAUGUUGGCAUGCCAGUGACAGCAUUUUUGCUGGUAUCCAUUUCCUUUAUAGCAGUGGGUAACGGAUCAGUGCGAGCCUGCAUCACAUCGUUGGGUGCACUGCAGUUCAAGUUGCCGGAGCAAGCUGUAUUCUUAGCGGAGUACUUCUCCUUGUAUUAUUUUGUCUAUUAUUUUGGCAUAUUUGUAAGCAAAAUUAUUCCACCGCUAGUCAGAGCAAACACUCAAUGCUUCGACAAGACAACUUGCUAUCCAGCUGUGUUUGGCACAUUGGGCAGUUCCUUCAUGAUGGCUUGGUUCAUCUUUCUAGUUGGUAAAUACUUUUAUAAGUCGGAAAAGCUAUCCGGCGAUAAUAUUCUUUUCAAGUUCUGUGGCUGCAUUAAGACAGCGCUUGUGGGCAAGUGGAAACGUCGAAAGUCCAACAAGAAAUACACUUACUGGCUGCAGAAUGCUCUGGGUCCUUAUGAUGUGGACUUUGUCAACGAUGUGUCGAAAGUGUUGCGCAUUAGCAAGCUAUUCAUUCCGCUGCCCAUUUACUUCGCACUGCUCGCCCAGCAGGAUUCAAGCUGGACAUUUCAGGCGACUAUGAUGAACACUACAGUGAUGGGUGUGACUAUACAACCCGAUCAGGCAAAGGCUGUGGGUCCCAUCCUUCUAUUCAUAUUGAUACCGCUGUGGCAAUAUAUGACAGCUCCGCUGCUGCGUCGUCUAUUCGACUGGGAACUGCAACCGCUGCACAGCGUCACUAUUGGUGGAAUCUGCUCUGCUGGUGCUUUCUUUUGUGCUGGAGCGUUGCAAGAUCGAAUUAUGGCUGCACCCAUCAAUAGCAUCAACAUUGGAUGGCAAGUUCCGCAAUUUCUGCUGCUCAUGAUGGGCGAAUUGUUGCUUUCGAUUCCAGGACUGCAGUUUGCCUUCACCCAAGCGCCGGCCUCAAUGAAAUCUGUGGUUACCGCCGCCUGGUUUCUUAACAAUGCCUUCGGUAAUCUGAUUGUGGUGCUUAUUACGCAAUUAAAUAUGCUGAGCUCGCAGAAGGCCGAGUACUUCUUCUAUGCAGUGGUGAUGCUGAUAAGCAUUAUCAUAUUUGCUCUGCUGGCCUUUGAGUAUGCACUGCAGGAUCGUAGGCGUUACUUUCAAGCCAGGGAUUUAGUUGUGCUGCUGCCUGAAAAUCCAGACGAAAUGCCCACGUCCAGCAGCCAAAGGGCGAGUGUGUAGUUAAACCUUCAGUAUUGGUUUCCACUUCAAUUAUGGUAUG